ACGUAUAUAAUAUUUUAUAUAUAAUUUAUCAUAUUAAAUAUAAUAUUUAAAUCAAAAAUCUAAAAAAAUAAAAUAAAAAAAAAAGAAAAGAUAAAAUGUCAUCAAAUAAUUUAAUUACUUUAAAUAGAUGGGUAUUAUCAGACACACAUAAAGAUAUCGGAUUUAAAUUAGAGUUGGCCAAUUUAUUAUCGGGUAUUGCUUUAGCAUGCAAAAUUACAAAUAAUGGAAUUAAAAGAGCUGGUUUCGAACAAAACUUUGGUUUGGCUGGUAUUACAAAUGUACACAGUGAAGAUGUAAAGAAGCUUGAUAUUGUCGCUAAUGAUGCCUUUAAAAUGGCAUUAAAAUCAACUCGGGAAGUUUUCUGCAUGGUCUCUGAAGAGGAAGAUAGUAUCAUCCCAGUUCCAGAAUCACAAAGUGGUAAUUUUGUUGUCACCUUCGAUCCAUUAGACGGUUCAUCCAAUUUAGAUUGUAAUGUUUCUGUUGGUUCUAUUUUCGCUAUUUGGCCAAAGGCUUCUACUGACCAUAGUUUUUCAAAUGCCGAUGUAUUAAGAAAAGGUCGUGAAAUGAUUGCUGCUGGUUAUGCUCUUUAUGGUUCAGCCACUAUGUUAGUUUUAACAUUAGGUCAAGGUGUUUACGGUUUUACUUUAGAUAAUUCAAUUGGUGAAUUUGUUUUAACCCAUGUCGAAAUGAGAAUUAAAUCAAAAGGCAAUAUUUAUUCAAUUAACGAAGGUAAUUCAAUUUAUUGGGACAAGGCUACAAGUGAAUACGUUAAUGCCAUUAAAUCAGGUUCCAAUGGUCGUUCUCCAUAUUCAUCUAGAUAUAUUGGUAGUAUGGUUAGUGAUGUUCAUAGAACCCUUUUAUAUGGAGGUAUUUUUAUGUACCCAGCAGACUCAAAAUCACCAAACGGUAAAUUAAGAUAUCUUUAUGAAGUAGGUCCACUUUCAUUUAUUAUGGAGCAAGCUGGUGGUAAAUCUUCAAACGGUAGUACUCCAUGUUUAGAUAUUGUUCCAAAUUCAAUUCAUCAAAGAGUACCUGUUUUCAUGGGUUCACAUGACUGUGUUACUGAAUUAGAAUCUUUCCAUCAACAACAUAAAAAAUAAAAUAUAAAUAAUCAAAUCCUUUUUAAAAUAAAAUUAUAUAAAUUAUAUAAUAAUACAGGAGCAACUAUAGUUUUUUUUAAAUUUUAUUAUAAAAAUAUAAAAUUAUUUUUUACAAAAAUAAAACAAAAAAAAAGUUUUUUUAAAAU